CCCCCCUCUUCAUCACCUGCAUUCCAGCUUGACACGACACCUCGAACCUGACAACCCUUUGCCGCCGACACCCAUCUGCGCCAUGACAGCUUGGAAAGCAGCGCGACCGCUCUGGUCGGUCACCACUCACGUCGGGCACGCUUUGCAGUCAGCACCGUUCACACCCUCUGUCAUGCUUCUCGUCUCUCUCUUGUUUCUUUCGCACACGCCACUGCUACCCAGCUGGCUCUUCUACGCUCUCAGCAUCAGCAGCCAAACGCUCUUUAGCUUUUACCUGCCCAGCAUUUCGGCCAGAUUGCAAUGGCCCCUCCUAGCCUUGACGGUAUCCUGCUGCGCACUUCGUCUGCAUCCUUCCUUCGCACUGCUCUGCGUCGUCCCCUUUGCUCUUCUGUUGCUUCUCGUCCUGCCCUUGCCCGGCGGUAGCGCAAACAGCAGCACGUGCACGCUCCUCCUAUCUAACGGUUCGCCUCAUCAAGCCUCCUCCUUUUCCCCUCUCUCCUCCAUCAAGGCCCAUCUCGAAUGGUCAAGACUCGCUCGUUCCCGCGGUCAAACACCGCAAGAAUUGGCCAAGAGCAUCAAAGACGAUACGGAUUUUCACUGGGAUCUACCACCUUGCGAUACGGAGGGAGAAGCCUUACCCUUGGACCCUACUCAACGCGAAAGCAGAAGAGCAAAGCCCGAGAUUGGCGAGGUCAUAAGGAGCUGGGAUAGGAUCGUCGUUUGGGACGCUGACUGCGUACCCUUUGCCGUACUCGAGAGCUGGAGAAGCCUUUUGGAUCCUGUCGCCGACGCGGCCGUUCGAGCAUUUCUCGGCACGUCUUCCAAAGACGACCCUGCUCCUGCUUCUUGCGAUCCCUUGACAGCGCUGGCGGACUUGCUUCUCUCUUCGAGCGAUUCAUCGCCGCAAUCAGCAAGGGUGGAUGCCGCCCACAGCUCGGCUGCAAGCGCUUUUUUCAGAGAUGCGUGCCGAAGACCACCGAGGGGAGCGGGCGCUGUAAGCGAAGCGUGGUAUGCUGCGCAGGCCGAAGCCACAGGCCCCACCGAGAAGCUGGAUCUGCUCCAGCAACAUUCAGAGAGCUGCGAAAACGUGCUGCCAAACAUCCGAGCGGAACAAGCGCGCGGUAAUCAUCGCCAAGUGCUUGCUCCACACGAGGGCAUAGCGAAUGCGCAUGAGCUGCAAGAAGAGUCGAGAGUCAUUGCUGCAGGCCAAGACUUUUUCCAUCGACAUGGACCUCCGUUGCUCGUCAGUCUGCUCCAUGCAGGCCUAGCUGGCGGUUUUGCCAGUCCUCGAAUCCGCAGAGUGCUGAAUAGCACCGGUUACCUGAUGAAUCCAGCAUCUUCCAAAGGAUCGACGAAAGGAGGUGUUCCGGUCAGUCAAGCUUCCAAAGAUCGAACGUUUAGACGACUGUUGGAAACGACGGAAUGGAUUUUGGAUGUGAUGGAGAAUGUUGAAGCUCUGCAACUUCCCACCGAAGUUCAUGCGCAGCGAGAUGCUGCCGCUUGGCUGCAAACGGCCGGUAAAGGCUGGCUUUCCACUUCCAGAGUUCGCUUGCUGCACUCUUCGGUCCGAGUCCGUUUGUCCCGCGCCCACAAUGCCCAGGAGCGAAAUCAAGACUCUGCAUUGGACGCCAUCAAUCAGGAAGAUUUGCUAGCGACGCUCUGUUCCUUUGCCAUCGUUCCGCUCUGGAGUUUGCAGAGCAUGGGUCUACCGCCCACCAUGCAAGAGCGCGAAGAUUACGUCUCUCUGUGGCGGCACGUGGGCUUCUACGUCGGCAUCGAGCCCGAACUUCUCAGGCGCUGUUUCGGCACCGUCUCCAAAGCCGAGCGAUGCUUCUACUACAUUGCAUCGCACCAUUUCUUGCACGUUGCCCCACUUCGAGACCUGCCACCACCUCCUCCGCUGAGCAAGACGGGAGGUGCAGUUCCACUGGAAGGUUUCAAAGGUCCCGCUUUGCCUUUGCUGUACUCCACGUCCAAUCGGGCGCCAAGCAACAUGAGCUUUGCGAGUCAUUUGGCCAUUGCAAGGUAUCUUAUGGGCCCAUCGCUCGCCACCGCCCUAUGCAUUCCCGCCACUUCUUAUCCCUGGGGAUCUCUUCGAGUGAACCUGAGCGUCCUCAUCCUCAUUUUGCCUCCUCUUUUCGCUCGAUCCUACGGCCGUCACCUGCGACCAUCCUGGGGCAAUCGUCUAAGGGACAAUGCUCGGAUCUUGCUUCGAAGAGUGACGCUAUGGAACUUGCAAAAGAUGGGCAAAGGAAGGGCAAAGUUCCACCCUCCACCUGCCUUGCAGGUCGAUCAGUCUUCCACGGGCGCUCAAGCGCCCUCUCUCCAAACGGCACUACUGCAUGCGACAGCGGAGAAGGCGCAAGAGAUUGUGCUGGAUCAAGCUUCGGGAGAAAAGAUGAGGGACGAGUAUCACUCGCUCAUGGCAGAGAUGGGCAUCGUCCUCUUGAUGACUUGCCUCUCUUCUACUCUCCUCGUAUCCUUGAUCGUGAGGCACGGCUUGAUUAGGAUGUGGGCCUAAGUGCCUUGGCGGGUCAUCGAUCAGCACGUCAGUCUGUGCAUUUCCCUCUCACCACCCAACACCCCUUCGCUGCGCGCACCGCACUCUGUAGAAUACGUGGACCUCCUUCCCACAAAAACCCCCGAUGCUCGCUUCAGAAACCCACCGAGCAGCUCUGCCUGUCCAAGAUUCGAACCCAUCGCUGCUCCAUCUUUGCACUCAUUCAGCCUGCACAUCGUGUCCUUUUGAACAAUCUCAUGUCGCGUGGACGGCUGCCCCCUGAGCAUCUCGAUGCGCUUACUCCCUGCCAAGAGAUACUAAACGACCAAUUCGCUCUCAACGCCAACACGCAAAGCACGCAUUCCGAUUGUUCCCGAAAACUUCCAAAUUUUCCGCGCAUGAUCGUUUUUUCUUUUUCUUUUUGCGUUUCCCUCCGCUUUGUGCGAUGGGCAAAGUCGUGUGCCCGUCAUUGCGCAUUGCGCCUUAAUCG